UGUGCGUAAUGUUUAGUUCGUCCCCUAUGGUGAAUGAAGAAUCCGCUAUCCAAUUGUGGCACUGCCGUUGUCGAAAACAGCAACAUUGUUUUCUUCUGUAGACAAAGGUGUCUCGACAACCCAAUAAAUUACUGAAUAGUCAUCCAGUUCUGUGGCUUCUUGGUGAAGACAUGGAAAAACAACCGCGGUUGUUGACAUCCCAACUCCUACUGAAAAACAGCUUAUUCGAAGUGUCGUUAAACCGUGUGCUUCUGACAUGGAAAGAGAUUGCGACCAAGAAAAAACGCGUUUCUGGGGGAAUACAUCACCCAUGUAAAGUCGCUGGUCCGCGGAGUGCGGCUGCGGCCCUGGCUUGGAUAGCCUCACUAUGUCGGGUCAAUUGGAUGGCACACAAUUUGGCCUCGGAGUUCUUCUUUAUGAGCUGGCUGACAUUUUUCAUCACCUCACACGGUGUCUGUUUUCCUACGUUUCUGCGCAGAGACAAAGGAGAGUCAGGUACCAGUCACGGUGUGUCAGUGUCUGAGAUCCUAGCAGUCAGGGAGCUCGACGUGGACAGCGGGACGAAAGAUGACGGCAGGUGGCAGAAAAUGCCUCAGAAAUCGACCGAGGCCUGUCCGUACGCAUUCACAGUGUCCUACGUGGAGAGAGCGUGGCAGCACCGCUGGCGGUGUAGUGACGUCACCUUCCACUGCCUAGAGGGGGCACUCUGUCAGCAGUGGGUCCAGACCAUCAGAGAGCAGCUCACAGCAUUGACCAGCAGACCCAAGCAUUUGCUGGUGUACAUCAACCCCUAUGGGGGCAAGCAGCAAGGCGAGCGUAUUUACGAGCAGAAAGUCGCCCCUCUCUUCACCCUUGCCUCCAUCUCCACGCACGUGAUUGUUACAGAGCAUGCCAAUCAUGCCAGGGACCACCUGAAGACAGAGGCUGAGUUGAAGAAAUAUGAUGGAGUGGUGUGUGUGGGUGGGGACGGCAUGUUCAGUGAAAUGGUUCACGGCCUGGUCUCCCGGACCCAGAGGGACAACGGCGUGGACCAGAACAGCCCGGAGGAGAAGCUGGUACCCUGUACUCUGCGCAUUGGCAUUAUACCCGCAGGUUCAACGGACUGCAUCUGCUAUGCAACUGUAGGCAUCAACGACCCUGUGACCUCGGCCUUACACAUCAUAGUGGGAGAUGCCCAGCCAAUGGACGUGUGCUCGGUCCAUCACAACAACACAUUCCUGAGGUACUCUGUGUCCCUGCUUGGGUACGGUUUCUAUGGCGACGUGCUGGCAGACAGCGAAAGGAAACGAUGGAUGGGACCAGCCAGAUACGACUUUUCAGGUUUUAAGACGUUUCUCACACAUCACUACUAUGAAGGGACUGUGUCUUUUCUACCAGCAACGGACAUAUUGGGAACUCCACGAGACAAGACCAGGUGUAGAGCUGGGUGCUUCAUAUGCCAACACAACGGACAGCUGUAUUCCGAGGAUGCCCCAGAGAUUUGUGAGACUGAUCCAGAUGUUUCAGACAGUGAAUACAAAGGGGGGUGGCGGGUGAUCAGAGGGAAGUUCCUGGCCAUCAACGCGGCCAGUAUGAGCUGUGCCUGUCCCCGUAGUCCCAAGGGCCUGUCCCCCGCUGCCCACCUUGCUGACGGCACCACCGACCUCAUCCUCGUACGCAAGUGCUCUCGAUUCAACUUCCUGCGCCACCUGCUACGCCACACCAGCAAAUACGACCAGUUUGACAUGACCUUUGUAGAAGUGCACCGUGUGCGGCGCUUCCGCUUCACCCCGCGCUACUGCCAGAGUGACUCCGAGUUGGACCUGAGGGAGAAUGGCAAGAGGCUCUUCAGCCAGAUCUGCCGAGACCACCCGGCCUGCAGCUGUAGCCCUGCCUACAGCAGCUGGAACUGUGACGGCGAGAUCCUCCCUCAUGCUGCCAUUGAAGUCGGAGUGCACUGCCAGUUGAUCAAGCUGUUUGCGCGAGGGAUCGAAGAGCAGCCUGUGUUUGAGGACCUUCCCAACCCGUGUGCAGUAUAGAUCCCCCCCCCCCUGCUGCCCUAUCCUAUCAAAGUCACUGGAACAGUCCUACUGCAUUUCAAAGGCUACUGCUGUCAUAUCCUUACCCUACCCCUGUGCCCUACCCUUUUCUGAUGUACUUUGAGGUCUUUCAGACAUCUGUUUUCUGGGGCCAUUUUUGUUUGUCUGCCAGAUUUUAGAGGUCACAAGUUCACAGGUCAAAGAGUACUGUUGAUGGUACACUUACAGAGAGGUUCACUAUCCACAUCCAUUAUACUGAAGAAGAAAUCAUGAAAAUACUAAAGCAGUAUUGAAUGUAGCUCUUUUCCGCUCUCCUUUUUCAAUCGAGCGAUUUUAACCUAGCAAUUAACAAAUAGCAAUUAACAUGCUGUUCAACAUUUAUAGAACUCCUCUUUGCACGUUUUACAAUGUAUGCUGCUCCAAAUUAUGAAUAACUGUUACGUUUUGUUUAUUUAUUAAUUUAGAGAAAACAUUUAAUUAGAGGAUGUUUGAAUUUUGCUAGCUGCUUGCACUUUUGUUUCAAAUAGGCCGUAUGCGUUUUGACCUUAUAAGCAAUGCCUUGUUAGAAGUUAUUUUACAGCACGAAUUUGAAUACAUAUGUAUUGAUGAUCGGAUAUUGGGUGAACCAGAGAACUCUCUAGGGCAGUGUUUCCCAACUCCAGUCCUCAAGUACCCCCAGCAGUACAUUAUUUUCAAUGUGGCCCCGAACAAGAACAACUGAUUCUACUUGUCAACUAAUCAUCAAGCCCUUGACAAUUGAACCAGUGUCCUCAUUUAUCAGCCGUGCAUACAUGUCUUACUUAGUUCUGAGGUACGUGGAGAUUCUAGAAUUUCCGCAACAAAUGUAUCUAACUGUCACACGCAACAUAUACAUACGCAUGUUGUGAUUGUUAAACCAUACUAUAUUUGUGGGCUUGUAAACAAGAUCUAAAACCUGACUUGGAAAACACCCCCCAUUCACAUUUUAUGGUAAAAAAAAAUCCCACAUUUGCUGUAUGAUUUGGUGAUUCUGGAGCUGGGCCAGGAUAGUUUCAAAAAGAAAUCGCAAUAGCAAAUUUGAUCACAAUUCUGUAGAUGUGCGUGAAGAAUGUAUUUUUUUGUUUAAAAAAAAUAUUUUGCAGUGACCUAUGCCUCCUAUAGCGAGUGCCAAACACUGUCCACACCUAGAGCGUCUGCUAAAUGACUUAAAUGUAAUGUAAAUGUACUGCACGAUUGAUUGUCCAUUCAAACAAUUUAAAAGUAAAUGCUACAGCCCACACUUCUAUGUAAGAUACUAAUUGUUGUUGAAUAUUUUGUUUAUCAAUAGAAGAUAGAAACACAAUCUCCUGCCUUGGUAUAGGCUCUGAGAUGAAUAGGCUAUUGUGUCUCGCUCCUGUCACAAAGCAAUACUGUGGCCUACCCAUACUGUCAUAUAGGCUACCGGUCUAUUUACUUUUGAAUGAGUGAUGGAUAAAUGGUAGCCUAAUAUUUGUUGCGUAGCGGGAAUAAAGCAGUCGUCAGAAAAGGAGCGAUGUCCUGCAAUAUGAUUUAGGUGUAUAUAUAUAAUGAAAGUUAAAUAAAAUAUAUUAGGCAACAUGCUGCUACGCGAUCUUCAUACCAACGGCAAAUGCAUCCGUGUUGUCAUUAGACCAACGUUUUAUUUUUGUUUGCCUAACAUUCUUAGAAUUCCUGUGCAUCAAACACCUCAAUUUCCCCCAAAAUAACAAUAUUUGCUUGCAAUACCACUAGAAGUUGCAUGGUUUGAGAUUUGUGUGGAGCUAUGCACGCUUUUCCAUCAAGUUCAAAAUUGUGUGCUGUUGGGGGUACUUCAGGACAGGAGUUGGGAAACGCUGUUCUAGGGGUACCAGACACUAGCCAGACUCUUACCUUUAAAGGAGAAGUUAGAUUAUUAUUUUUUACAAACAAAUCUGUAUUUCGAAUGUAAAUGGUAUGUUAUAGAAGGGUCCAGACACUUUUUUUUGUUGCGAUAUCACGUGCUUGUGAGAGACCCCAAACAGUGAUUCACUUCCUCAUCCUCGUUGUGCAAUACGGGUGUUCUGAAAAAAACACGAGUAAAAAAUACGUAGUCUUUAAAACGACAAUGCUCUCAGUAUAGUAAUGCAGGUCUUUAGAUAUUGUACACAUGUAAUUGUCAUUCUGAAACUUUUCCGCAAUGUUAUAUUCAGUUGGCUUCUAGGUACCCUCAUUAAGGCCAUAAGUCAAUAAAGCAGGUCUUAGCAACUGGUAUCUGGGCCUUUGAGCCAUAAAAUUGGCCAAUGGUGUCCUUAAGCGAUUAAGAUGUUUCAAAUGUGUAGUCUAAUCAACCCCUCCUCUGGUGGUAGAGUUUUUGCGAAUCUCUUAGAGGAACGUGUCUGUCUCCCCUCUAUCCAUAUGUCUGUCUAAUAAAUCUUUAAAAAUA